AUGAAGAGGAAUGGAAUAGACCUCACUGAAGAACUCAGAAAGAAAGGGUGGGAAAAAUACUUCCAAAGGCUCUAUGGUCCCGUCUACACAUAUCUGGUAAAGGAAUUCUGGCGCUUUGCAGACUCAGAUGAUCACUACAUCGUGUCCUAUGUUCUGGGGGUGAAGAUCUUCAUCACAGAGAAGUCUAUUGCCUCCCUUCUGAACAUGGAGAAGACAAGGGGAAGACGGAUUUACAACAUAAACCCUAGGGCAAAGUAUAUGUCCCAGGAAAUUGCCCCAACCAUCUUCAAACAGAACGCCGAGGGUAAUUCUUCCAAGAACAAGGAACUUCACCAGAACCUCAGAGUCUGGAUGAAGAUCAUUCUGAGAACUAUUCAUCACCGCCCAGCCUCCAACUCUUAUGACUACAUCAACACUGAUCAGAAGUGCAUACUCUAUUGCCUUCAUAAAGGGCUAAAGCUGAAUCUGCCAGCGUUGCUGUUCAAGUACCUUUGGGACUCUGUAAGAGACACCAGAAACAACAUGAAGCCCAAAACCUACAUCCCUAUGGGAAGGCUGAUUUCUAAUGUUCUGAUAGAGAGUGAGUUGGUGGAUCACCUGAUUCACCACAAUCUGAUGGAGGAUGUCACUAUCGACACUAAGAGGCCUUUGAACGCACGAAAUCUGAAGAGCAUGAGGGUGAUUGAGCAAAUCCGGGUGAAGCCUUCAUUGGACACCUCUUGGGAAGCACUAAAAGAUCAGAGGAAAAUUCCCAACGACCUCUAUCUCUUCUCAAAAAUUGAUCCUCUAGAGGUUGCUGCAAACUAUCUGCAGGAUCUGGCCAACCAAGGAGUGUACAUCUCAGAUUUCUCUGUGGAUUGGCUGCCUGAGCAUCCACCGAAUUUUAUGAAGAGAAUGCGAGAACCUUCUGAGAAGUCAAAGAAGGCCAAGAAAGCAAAGCCAGGGGAACCCUUUGUAUCAAGACCUCCUGUCCCUCUGAUCGAAUCUCCAAGUAAGUCAUUGCCUCAUCACUCUCCCUCUGUACAUUUAAAGCAACUUGCUUCUUCUCUUCCCCAAACCUCACCCAUCUACACACAAUCUAAACCCUCACCCUUCACCACCAAACCCUCUGAAACACCUUCCUCUAACCUCUCAUCUCCCCCUCUUCAAAAAUUUAACCUCACCACCACAACCUUACCCAUCUAUGAAGCAGAAAUGUUCAAUGAACCAAUAUCACCACCCUCUUCAACACCCUCAUCCCCAUAUUACUACACCAUCUCCUCUGACUUAGAACCUUCUGAACCCCAAUCUCCCACCUUGGCUCAGCUUCAGGCUCGUUCCCUUUCCACACAACAACAAUCUGAACCAGAAGCCAACAUUCCUCCACCACCUGAACAACCACCACCACCACCAUCUGAACAACCAAAAACACCACCAUCUGAAACUCCCAUCGAAACACCCUCUGAAAACCCUAUCAUCCCUACCUCUGAACUCACACUGAAACUACCCACAUACCACCAGCAUCUCCAUCUCCCACUCCUGAACUAG